GUUAACGCGAACAAACCGACCCUGAUGCCGGGACGAGUGGCUUUCAGCUCAAUCAAUAAAUAAUGAUUAUCGAUGAUUUAUAACGUUAUUGUUGGUACUGUUACCGUAGACUAACAUUAGCCUAUCCCGGUUAGUCACGUUAGGUCUGCAAUGUAAAGAAAUUACAUAAUUUAGCAUUAAAGUUGGAGUAGGCGCUAAUUAAGCUACAUUUUUAGUAUCGUUACUUAUGAAAAACAUCUGAAACCCAGUUUAGCCUCCCAGUCGAAUGAAAACAACCCAAUUUCCUGCUUGCAACAACUUGGAUAUCGGAUUAUUUUGGGCAAGGAGUCAUUACUGCAGAUGACAAAGAUGAGGCAAACGGCUAACGGAGAGCUCAGACAAAAGACUCCUGACGCUCAUGGAGAGACUCCCACAAUAUCAGAAAUGAACUUUGCGCCUGCGGCUUUCAACCUGAACCAGAGCAGUGCUGUUUGUCUCCCCCUGGUCUCUGAGAGUCGAAGGCUUAUAUGGGUGAACUCAAACCAGAUCAACCUACAGCUGGACGGUGCAGCAGAGCUGGACAAAGCCUUCGACAGGUUUCCAUACCUGACACAGAAACAGACAGCAGAGCUGGCGCAGCGCUGCUCCCUGCACCCAGACCAGGUGAAGGUGUGGUUCAUGCUUCAAAGGCUCCGCUACGGCAUCAGCUGGGACUAUAAAGACAUCCGCGAGGUCCGGGCAAAGUUCAAAAGAAGGAAGGAAGAGCAGCAAGAGGUAGAUGAGGAUAGAAGAGAGAAGGAGAAACAGGAGACAGAGAUGAAAGAGUCUGGUGGGAAUAAGGCAGGAGAUGUUAGGGAGGAAGACGUGUGCGCUAAUGAGCGAGAAAUGAAGCAACAACUGAAGAGAGAGAAGGACAGAAAGGUAGAAAAAGUAGAGGAAGACAAAAAGAAUACGCAGAAAAAGCGAAAAAAGAUGACGGUGACAGACAACAUGGGAAAAAAGGGAACAAAGCAACAAGAGGAGGGAGCAGGAGGAGUAGAAAUAAUAAAUGUUAGUGUGACCCCUGCCAACAGCGGCUUUGAGGGGAAACCAGAAAUGGAAGCUCGGCCGGGCGGAGAACUGCACGCAGAGUCAACAAAUUACGACUUUGCCGUCACUGAUGUUGUCAAACUGAAGCACAUAAUAAACAAUAACCAAUCACCCAGAGGAUCCACCCACAGCCCGGACAUCCCCAAAAAGCAGAAGGUCUCUAAAGAACCAUAUACACUCCCCACUCCUCGGAUCCGCUGGCGAACAAAAACACAGACUCAGCUGGUGAUGAUGAAGGAGGCUUUCUCGCACUGCCAGUAUCCAGACAGCGAGCACUACGACUUGCUGGCAACAAGGAUUGGCGUCCCCCGCUACGUGUUGGUUCAGUGGUUUGGCGACAUGCGCUAUUACAUCAAAAGAGGAAAGCCGGGCUGGCUGAACGAGGAGCAGCACAGUAAGGCGUUGGCCAACAUCAAGUACCGGCAAUUCCUGAAAGCGCUGGCAAAGGAGCAGUCGAGUGAGGGUGAGCAAAAAGCAACCAUGAAGAUGAAGCUGGAGGGUGGCAAAAGCUACGGUGACGGCGAAAUGAUGCAGGUGCCUUCAGAGUAGAAAUGAUGUCACAGCUUCUGUACCAAAAAUCCCACAAAAGGGAACAAAGAUGAAUCAUCUCCUAACAUUCGGAAACAUGUAUCAGACACAGUUUUAUGAUUUAUAAUUUGUGCAUUAUUGGUGAAUUAGGUCAAGCUGUUUGUUAUGCAGUUCUUCUUGUGAAUUUGCAUGUUCUGUCAAACAGAAAGUGUUGUUGUUGUAGUGUUAUUGUGAUUAUUUAAUAUGUUUACAUGACCGUGCAGUAUUUUCUGAACAUACUCAUUUGCAAUCCAGAAUAAUUUUUAAUCAUUUUUGCACACAGUUACAUAAAAGAGGGACAACUGUGCUGUGCAGACUUUUUUUUUGUUAUUCAAGUAAAACACUUUCAUUGCUUUGUUGUUUAA